AUGUCAGCACCCCUAGGACAACCAGGCGCACCAGCAGGAGCAGGCCAGCAAGACGCACUUGACAAGGGCGUGUCUUUUAUGAGCAAGAAGGCCGGACACUCGACCAACGCAGGUACCACCGAGAAGAUCUCUGAUGGAAUCCGCUCUGGCUUCAAGAAGAUAACUGGCAAGGACGUCCCUAUUGCAGACAAGCAGUAG